UAAAUAUGGAAACAGACACGCUGCGCUCACAGAGUCUCUCCGCACUCUUUCCAGAAGCAGCGAGACAACACGAGCCUCUCGCUCUUUAAGAUGACACCUGGACACGACCUGAACAGGUCCCGCGCGACAUGAGCGUUUGUUACAAGUUUAACUCGGUUUGUAGAGUCGGUGAAAUCAUUCCAGCGAGAUAGCUCCGCGCUCCUCGACUUCUUUCUUACUUUUUUUUUUUUUAUCCACGUGAAAAGCGCGACGUCUAGAGUAGGUGAAGAUUUCCCAACGCUGAUUCCAAGAGCUACUCCAAUAACGCCCGGACUGAUCGGCGUUAAAGGCGAAGUUUGCCACCAUGAGUUCCGAAAAGAAAGUGGAGGACGAGGCCGUCUUGGACAGAGGAGCUUCCUUUGUCAAACAUGUCUGCGAUGAAGGGGAAGUGGAAGGUCACCACACUGUGUACAUUGGCGUGCAUGUCCCCAAGAGCUACCACCGGAGGAGACGCCACAGACGCAAGUCCAGCCACAAGGAGAAGCGGGAACGAGCUGAGGGAUACAAGUCGGACGGCGACUACACAGACGAGUCCACUGCAAACAUCCUCAAACCUCUCAUUUCUCCAGCCGAGAGGAUCAGGUUUAUCCUGGGAGAGGAGGACGACGGUCCCCCGCCGCCUCAGCUCUUCACCGAGCUGGACGAACUACUGGCCGUGGACGGGCAGGAGAUGGAGUGGAAGGAGACGGCCAGAUGGAUCAAGUUUGAGGAGAAGGUGGAGGAGGGCGGAGAGCGCUGGAGUAAGCCCCAUGUGGCCACACUGUCCUUGCACAGCUUGAUGGAGCUCAAAAUGUGCAUCGAGAAGGGCACCAUCAUGCUGGACCUGGAGGCCUCCACGCUGCCGCAGGUUGUCGAGCUGAUCACCGAGGCGGGUCAGUUGAAGGCGGAUCUGAAGGAGAAGGUCACGUACACGCUGCUGCGGAAGCAUCGCCACCAGACCAAGAAGUCCAACCUGCGCUCCCUCGCUGACAUCGGCAAGAGUGUUUCCAGUGCGAGUAGGCUGUUUAACCACCAGGAGAAUGCACGCAACCCCGCUGAGCACCCUGUGUCUCGUUUAAACCCCCAACACCCAGAGGGCCCAUGUGAGGUCACGAGGAGCUCCAGCAUGGGAUACCUCUGUAGCCCCACUACUGCCCACAGAAACCUCACCUCCAACAGCCUGAGUGACUUCUCUGACAAACCAGAGAAGGAUCAGCUGAAGAAUAAGUUCAUGAAAAAACUGCCCCGCGAUGCAGAGGCCUCAAACGUGCUGAUUGGAGAGGUAGACUUCCUGGAAACUCCCUUUGUGGCGUUUGUUCGUCUGCAGCAGGCCGUCAUGCUGGGGUCUCUGACCGAGGUCCCCGUGCCCACAAGAUUUCUCUUUGUCCUGCUGGGCCCCAAAGGUAAAGCCAAGUCCUAUCAUGAAAUUGGAAGAGCCAUUGCCACCCUGAUGUCAGAUGAGGUGUUCCAUGAUAUUGCCUAUAAAGCGAAGGACAGGCAGGACCUGCUGGCUGGUAUCGAGGAGUUCCUGGACGAGGUCAUCGUCCUGCCCCCCGGAGAGUGGGACCCCAACAUCAGGAUAGAGCCACCUAAGUCUCUGCCCUCCUCAGACAAGAGGAAGAACAUGUAUGUCGGAUUGGAGGCGCCUCAUAUGAAUGGCGACACUCCCCAUGAUGAGGGACAUGGAGGGGGAGGAGGAGGACACGAGGUCGGAGAGGAGCUUCAGCGCACUAGAAAGUUUUGUGGAGGUCUUGUCCUGGAUGUCAAGAGGAAGCUGCCAUUUUUUGCCAGCGACUUCAGGGACGCACUACAUAUCCAGUCUCUGUCUACAAUCUUGUUCAUCUAUCUGGGCACAGUCACCAAUGCGAUCACAUUUGGAGGCCUACUAGGUGACGCUACAGAAAACAUGCAGGGAGUGUUGGAAAGUUUCCUGGGGACGGCACUGACAGGAACAGUGUUCUGUCUGCUGGCCGGUCAGCCCCUCACCAUUCUCAGCAGCACAGGCCCGGUGCUCGUGUUUGAAAGACUCCUUUUCACCUUCAGCAAAGACAACGAGCUGGACUACCUUGAGUUCCGGCUGUGGAUCGGCCUGUGGUCGGCUAUAUUCUGUCUGGUGCUGGUCGCCACGGACGCCAGCUUCCUGGUGCAGUAUUUCACGCGAUUCACCGAGGAAGGCUUCUCCGCGCUCAUCAGCUUCAUCUUCAUCUACGACGCGUUCAAGAAGAUGAUAAAGCUGUCCCACCACAACUUGAUUAACUCCGCUUACGAUCCCAACCUCAUCACCCUCUACGACUGCAGCUGCAUGCCUGGCAACUCGUCAGACCUUUCUGAUGUCGCCAUGCUUACAAACCGUACUGAUCUGUCAGUGAAUGCCACCUGGGCGACCCUGACAAAGCAGCAGUGUCUGGAGUUCAAAGGGCAGCUGGUCGGAGAGGCCUGUGGCUAUAUCCCUGACAUCACCCUGAUGUCCCUCAUCUUGUUCUUUGGGACCUACACCUGCUCCAUGGCUCUGAAGAAAUUCAAGACGAGCCGCUUCUUCCCCACCACAGUGAGGAAGCUCAUCAGUGACUUUGCGAUCAUCCUGACCAUCUUGCUCUUCUGCGGCGUGGACGCCUUUGUCGGAGUGAACACUCCGAAGCUCAUUGUGCCAAGUGAAUUCAAGCCCACGAGUCCACUGAGGGGCUGGUUUAUUCCUCCCUUUGGAGGGAACCCUUGGUGGGUGUACCUGGCAGCCACGCUCCCCGCUCUGCUGGUCACCAUUCUGAUAUUUAUGGACCAGCAGAUCACUGCCGUGAUUGUCAACAGGAAGGAGCACAAACUCAAGAAAGGUGCAGGGUACCACUUGGAUCUGUUCUGGGUAGCCGUCAUGAUGAUUAUCUGCUCUUUCAUGGGACUGCCGUGGUACGUGGCUGCCACUGUCAUCUCCAUCGCCCACAUCGACUCUCUGAAAAUGGAGACCCAGACGUCAGCCCCUGGGGAGAUGCCCAAAUUCCUGGGUGUCAGAGAGCAAAGAGUCACCGGUAUCGUUGUGUUCCUCCUGACGGGAAUCUCUGUCUUCAUGGCCCCUAUCCUCAAGUUCAUUCCCAUGCCGGUGCUCUACGGCGUGUUCCUCUACAUGGGGGUUGCGUCACUCAACGGUGUCCAGUUCAUGGACCGGCUGCAGCUGCUCCUGAUGCCCGCCAAGCACCAGCCGGACCUGAUCUACCUGCGGCACGUCCCCCAGAGACGCAUCCACCUCUUCACCUUCAUCCAGGGCCUGUGUUUGGCCCUCCUCUGGGUCCUCAAGUCUACCGUGGCGGCCAUAGUCUUCCCCAUCAUGAUCCUGGCGUUGGUUGCCGUCCGUAAGGCGAUGGACUACGUGUUCUCCCAGCACGACCUCAGCUACCUGGACGACGUCAUCCCGGAGAAAGACAAGAAGAAGAAAGAGGAUGAGAAGAAAAAGAAAAGCAAGAAGAAAGGGAGCAUAGACAGCGAAAUCGAAUUUUCUGACUACCCCUACAGUGAAAAUAUACCCAGUAUAAAAAUCUCUAUGGAGAUGAUGGAGCAGCAGCCCAUGUUGGGUGAUAAAUCUAUGCAUAGAGAUCCAUCCCAGACUCUCCUUAACCCGCAUUCGUCGUGCUGAGCACUACUUUGAGUCUCCCACAGUGGCCGAGUGAUCUUGAAAGAGGUUCAUACACAAAAGGUUCGCCUCAGAUUCGAAUAGGCAGGGACUCUGAAGAAAACACUUUCUUCUGGAGGAAGAGCUCCGAAACAGAUCUGUGAAUGAAAUAACCAAAGAAGCAGCAGAACCAGCACAAGAUGGCAAACAUCCUUUUUUUUGUACUAUAGUACCACAUUGUGUUUGAAACAAUAUAUAUUAUUAUUAUUCCCUGUGUGCGGAUUUAAAUCAAAAGGGCUGGAAGUAUUUGUCUUAAAAUUGAAACACUGGCGGUACUGAGUUUCAAUGAGGGCUGACACAGGCUACGGUUGCAUUCUUCAUCCUCUUGAGUUCCAGCAGAAAACAAAAUGGCUACUCGAGGUCAUGCAGUUUUUAUGGGACAUUAAUAUCUUAUGAAUGUGUAUGCCAAUAACAUUUUAUUUUUAUCAAUUUAUUCCAAAUAACACCAAACAAAACUAGCCUCUCUUCUUAUAGUACUGUUUUUAUAAAGUAGUGUAGCUAUUUUAAAUGUUCCUUGUGAAGUUGAAAUCAUAACUCCUGGACUCUAAAGAGUAAAACGGUGUCGAGGUACCUACAUGUGGAGGUGAGCGAAGGGGAUACACAUCCUCUGUUACUUGUAGCAAACAAAAAGGGCUACAGAAGGUCAUCUGUGCACAUGCAUGAGCGGACAUUAAUUUUGUAUUUAUGGGCAUAUCAAUUAUUUAUCAAGCGUCCAGCUGAGGAUGCAUAUUCAUAAAACACAUCCAAUGGUUUCAGUGGUGGAGGAAGUGAAUGGGUGAACACCAUACAGAGUGGAAUCCCCCCCCCCCUUUCUAUAUUUAUUAUAUUUAAACUCUCGGCAGAUGAAUUUGUUGUUUGAACCUAAAGUAUGGCUUUACCGUAUAAAUUACCCAUUUGUGCAAAUUUGAAGAUAUUCUUUCUGUGGUCUGUAUCCACUCGGCUGACUUCUCCCUGCUUUAGGGAGGUGUAGAUGUACGUAGCUCUACCUCUUAUGUUUCUGUAGGUGCCAGGCAUUAUAUAUUAAACAUCUGUUGUGCAAUUAUUUGUGAUCAAACACUGAUUUAAAUUUUUUUUUUUUUUGCACUGCAUAGGAUCUCUGAAUCUUUCCUUUGAGUUCCUUUUUGCUCGGUGACACUUAAGAUAUUGUAUUUUUGUUUGUCAGUAUGAAAUGGUUAUGUUGAUUGUAUGAUUUUUUUAUUUUCUUUUUUUUUUUUGCCGUGUUUUAAAGGGUAAUUCCACCAGAAUUAUAUUUUUCAUCCCAAAAACAAAAAAUGAUGAUUUUUUUUUUUUAUGCUCUACAUACUGAAGUUGGGGUAAAAACUGCCUGUAAUGUUCUCACACACCGGACUGUGAACUCGACCCUAAAAAGCCUAUUGAGAUAAGAUUUCCUCUUAAAAUGUGAUCAUAUUUAAAUACAUUUUUGUUUUUAAUUUAUGUGUAGUGUGUGUGUUUUUAUUUUAUGCAAAUCAAUAAUCACUGUGAGGCAAUGCAUUGUUGUGACUUCCAGUCCUGGAAGAGCUUCUGCUUAAAGGGUAAAAGUAAAAAUGGCUUCACUUUAAAAUCCACAUUUUUUGCCGAGUCAUGUAUCGCAAUCUAAAUUCCAUUUAGUGACAAUGUGAUGUCUUAAAUUUCCUUAUGCAUAUUGCUUGAUCGUGCUUCUGUUGCUUAUUGAAGUACACACUAUAACUUGAACUGAUUUAGGAUAUUAUUGCAUAAUGUGAAUGUGUAAUAAAUCUCAAUCGCUUGAAAUACUGAAGAAAUGGAACGCGCACAAUCGGCGCUGCUUCUGAUCUGAUUUGUAGAGCAAAUAAGAGCUUUUAACUAUCGCGUUCACAAUCGCAUCAAUGAUCAAGAUGUGAAGCACUAGACUGUUACAGUUGCUUUAAACCAAAAAUCCCAAACCACACGGUCUUCCACUCUGUUGUAUGAUCUGUAUAUCUUGACUUUUUGACUUCCUGUUUCUGAUUCCACAAUUAACAUAAUAUUUUUGAACCAAUUUUAUACAAACCAUCGUAUGUGCUCAAUAACAAUCGGUGACUCUGAAAGAAGAAGCAGCUGUCUGUCUUUUUAUUGAGUAGUGUUUUGAAUGAGCACAAUAAACGUUCAAAUGAUUCUUAAA